UCUAGCCACACGGUGGCCUGAGUUAACUGGAGCCAGGCCCUCAACCCUCUGGUGCCGGCCGCAAGGUCAACUUGAACACAGGCAACACUGGCCACGGCUGGGGCAGCGGAGCGCAGCUCUGGACUCACUCUGCCCGAGAGCCAGCGUGCAGGAGGGUGGGGAGGGAGCCACAGCAGGGCUGGCAGCCCCUUCACCACGAGAAGAGCAGAUUUAGUACAAAGUGAGCAUUUACAGUGGCCCUGGGCAAUAUUAGAGCCGGCGCUGGUGAAGUGCCGAAGAUUGUGAUAUUAGGUCCGCCCGCCUCGGGGAAAACAACUAUCGCAAUGUGGCUCUGCAAACACCUGAGCAGCAAUCUCCUCACCAGCGACAACUUGAUAGAAAGAAAAUCUUCCUCUGUGGCUGAGGAAGCCAGGAAGCAUUACCAGAAAUCCAAGAGCGUCCCCGGCCCGCUGCUCAUCAAGCUGAUCCAGCAGCGCCUGACGGACGAGGACUGCGUCAAGAAGGGCUGGAUCCUGGACGGCAUCCCCGAGACACGGGAGCAGGCGCUGGUGAUCCAGACCCUGGGGAUCGCCCCCAGGCACGUCAUCGUGCUGAGUGCUCCGGACACUGUGCUGAUCGAAAGGAACCUGGGGAAGAGGAUUGACCCUCAGACUCGAGAGAUCUAUCACACCACCUUCGACUGGCCCCCGGAACUUGAAGUCCAGAACCGUCUGAUAGAGCCAGAGGGCAUCUCAGAGCUGGAGACAGCCCAGAAACUGCUGGUAUAUCAUAGGAACAUCAUCAGGAUCCUUCCUUCUUACCCCAAAAUCCUGAAGACCAUCAAUGCUGACCAGCCAUGUGUAGACGUCUUCUACCAGGCUCUGACCUUCGUCCAAAGUGGCCAUCGCUCCAAUGCCCCAUUCACCCCGAGGGUGCUGCUGUUGGGGCCCAUGGGCAGCGGGAAGAGGCUGCAGGCUGGCCUCCUGGCCCAAAAAUAUGGCCUUGUCAACGUGUGCUGCGGGCAGCUGCUGAAAGAGGCGGUGGCAGACAAGUCAAAAAUUGGCGAGCUCAUCUGGUCCUUCUUGGAGAAGAAGGUGACAGUCCCUGACAGCAUCAUCAUGAAGAUGCUGGCUGAACGCCUGGACCGGCAGGACUGUGUGCAGAAAGGGUGGGUGCUGCAUGGCGUCCCCCGAGACUUGGACCAGGCACAGAAGCUCGACAGCCUGGGCUACAUCCCCAACAGGUGAGCGGUCUUGCCAGAGC